UCCGGCCAGGUUAGCAGCCGCGUACACAAAAUGUGGAGAUUUAUAUUGAUUUGCAGCAUUCAGCUGAUUUGCGCCUCGGAACAUAGCGCUGAAGGUUUCAGCGGCGGCGGUGGAGAUGGACAUGGCUAUGGAGGCAGUGGCUUUGGAGGCGCCACUAGCUAUGGAGGAGGUGGCGGUGGAGAUGCCCACUAUCAUCAUCACACACCCACCACAUACUCGGAGAUCUCGAAGCAUGUGCCCGUGCAUGUGAUCGAGAAGGUGCCACUACCCAUACCCCAUCCAGUGGCCGUCCAGGUGCCCAAUGUGAUCCGGUUGCAGAUACCAGAACCCUAUGCCGUUCAUGUGCCUGUCCAACAGGAGAUCCAGGUGCCGGUCUACAAGAUAGUGCCCGAGAUCACCGAGAAGAAGGUUCCGUAUACCGUGGAAAAGCCAUAUCCCGUGGAGGUUGAGAAACCCUAUCCCGUCGAGGUGAUCAAACAGAUCAAGAUUCCAGUGCCGAAGCCCUAUCCUGUUCCUAUUACCAUAUACAAGCAUGUCCUGCAGAAGGAGCAUGGCUGGUAA